ACCUCUUCUCAUGCCUUUUCCCAUGAUAUCUCUUCCACAAUUUCCAAUUUUUUCAUCUCAAUCUCCAUUCUAUUGUUACCAUCAAACUGAAUAAAGAUAACUAUUUGUUUAGGAAAGCACAAAUUGCGCUUAGAAUGACAGUGUUCUAUGUAAAUUUUUAGAUAAACACCAACAAAAAAACUGAUCACUGAAUUAGAAUAAGAUCUAUAAUUUAUUUAUCUUUUUUCAAGUUUUAGAAAGUUUUUUAGUCAGAAAAUUGCACAAAAUGGGAGGAAAUCUCUGUCGAAAGUUGAAACGAGGACCUUUGACUUUGAGUUUGAACACGUAAAAUAUAGGAAUGGCAACCCGCUCGAUUGCCAACCACUUCGGCUCCUGUCAUUGCUGACCCUUUCCUUACCGUACACACACGACCCUCCUGCAUUUUCGGAGUCUGCAUUAAAACCCACCACCCAAAAAACCCGUUGCUUUCCCUAUAUAGACCAGAGAUAGUUUUCGAUAUCUUUUCCUUUUGUUCUGAGUGCUUUGAUUUUCUUUUGUUUGUUAAGUUUCUCGAAGGUUUCGUCUCAAAGUUUCUUGGGGAAGGGGUCCUUCUUUCUUGGUUGGUCUCUUCUCUGCUCUCUCCUGCGUCUCUCCGCUAUGGCUUCCUCCGCCGUCAAUAGAUGGUUGAGGCCUGAGGUAUAUCCACUCUUUGCAGCGGUUGGUGUUGCUGUUGGUAUUUGCGGCAUGCAACUUGUAAGAAAUAUCUGCACCAACCCUGAAGUGAGGAUUAUCAAGGAGAGGAGAGCUGCAGGAGUGCUCGAGAACUUUGAAGAGGGUGAGAAAUAUAAAGAACAUGGCCUCAGGAAGUUUGUCCGCAACAAAUCCCCUGAGAUCAUGCCGUCCGUCAACAAGUUCUUCUCAAAUCCAAACUGAAUCAAAUACUGAGAUCUUUCCACCUUGCUAGAAAUUGGACUUUUGAAAAUGACUUUUGUCUGCUUAAUUGAUUGAUUUGGAAUGGACAUAGGACUUGUUUUCUAAAUGAACAUGAGACAAUUACUUGUACUAUACGUUGCCAGGUCAUUGAUUCAUGAUCUUGACGAUUGAAUAAUACUGUCAAUUUUCUUGGAAA